AUGGAUAGACCGCCAUCGUCGUCCUUGUCAUACGGAGGAGCGGUGAACGAUGACGUUCGUUCUCCUGGCUCUGGAGGCACUCCUGGACCUCUCAGCCAGCCCCCGCCGCAGACACUCGACGCGACAGAUCCAGUAAUCGAUUCUCAUCGGAAUAUACGAUUAUCUAUAUCGAUUAACGAACAGCGAUCAAGUUUCAUAGGCCGCGUAGGUUCCGUAUUCUAA